AUGAAGUCUGACUUCAAAAGUUCCAUGAUUAAAUGCAAUCCCGAUGACAUUCUCACCGAUGAAAAGAAGCGGAUACUGCGUAAGCAUAUAAUCCCCAACGCGGUGCAGAUGCACAAGGAUCGGCUGCUGGUGCAGCCGAUCAUCGGCAACAUCCGUGUUGAAAACUUCACGGGAGACGUUUGCCCUCUGUUUACGAUUCCCCAGUCCCACCACACCACCGGUGUGCCGGAUACCGACUUUGUGCUGUACGUUGCGGCGGGACCAACUGUACCUGGUAUUGUUGCGUGGGCAAUCUACUGCCAGUUAGACCCCAGUGGUCGCCCCCUGGUGGGUGUUGCCAAUUUUGGGCCUCGAGACGCUCUGGAUAUUUACACUGCCAAACGUACCCUGACUCAUGAGAUAUUGCACACGUUGGGAUUUGGCAUUGAAAUGUUUAAGAAAAAAAAUAUGAUUAACACUGUGUCUGUUCGCGGUAAGCCACCAAGUUAUGUUCUAUCUUCGCCAAAAGUGUUGGAAGUCGCGAGGGCGCAUUACGGGUGCAUCACCAUGCAGUACGUGGAGUUGGAGGAUAUGGGUGGUCGUCUGUCUGCGGGGUCACACUGGAAGAUGCGUAACACAAAGGAUGAAUUGAUGGCUCCUGUUAAUGGCUCAUACUUCUACACCGCCUUCACCAUCGCGGCGAUGGAGGACACGGGCUACUACAAAGGCAACUACCGCAAUGCUGAAAACAUGGUAUGGGGUAACGAUGCUGGCUGCAUGUUGUUUGAUAAGAAGUGCGUUAUUGACGGUGUGUCGCAGAUGCCGGAGAUGUUUUGUGACCGUGAUUUACUUACAAUAAGUGAAUAUAAAUGCGCAUCAGACCGGAUGGGCAUCGGAAGCUGCCUUGUGAGGUUUUAUACUACCUUGCCAACAUAUUUCCAGUACUUCUCCAAUCCAAAAAUCGGUGGCGUUUACAAUUUUAUGGAUUACUGCCCGUACAUAAUACAAUAUUUUGACUCUUUGUGCAGAAAUGGAAAUGCAACAUUUCUGCCAGGUUUUGUGUUUUCAGAAUCUGCACGAUGCUUUUCAGCUGUCUCGAACACUACCCUCCAGAUAAAAAAUGACAAAAAUAUGCGCUCUAUCUGUGCGGACGUGAAGUGCGUCAAGGGCACCUCGAAGUAUCAGGUGCGCGUGAAGGGUGCGACUGAUUUCGUGGACUGCCUACCCGGAAGCACUCUUGUGCUCUCGGAGUACAGUACAGAGUUUAAGUCUGGCGCGAUCGAGUGUCCGCCAUACAAGGAGGUGUGCAACAUAAACUAUCACCGAAGCGUGACUCAUCACAUCCCCGCAUCUGGUACGACUAACAUCGCGUACCACUUCACUUACACGCUUGUGGCGGCCCUGGCUGUUCUGAUUGUCCUUGCUGUAUGA